UUUGACACUUGACGGCUAUUUGUUUUGAAUUUUGUAAAAAAACCGCCUCUCUUUGUAUAUGUGCGUUUUUCCGAUUGAUGCCGUGCAAAUAAAGAAAAUGUCUUCUUUCGAUGAAAACCGAGAAAUUUCCGACAUCGAGGAAAGCCAGCAAGAGGCAGACGAGAGGCUCGACGAAGACGUAUUUUCUAUUUUGAUUGCCACAGAUAUCCAUCUGGGAUAUGCUGAAAAAGACCCAAUAAGGUCCAAGGAUACAUUUACAACAUUUGAAGAAGUACUACAGAUUGCCCAAGAAAACAGUGUAGAUUUCUUGUUAUUGGGAGGUGAUUUAUUUCAUGACACUCGACCAUCAACUUACUGUCUUUAUAAAUGCACUGAGUUACUUAAAAAAUAUUGCUUGGGAGACAAACCAGUUCAGAUAGAAUAUCUCUCAGAUCCAUCACGCAACUUCUCUUACACAGGAAACGAUACUGUAAACUAUGAGGACCCAAACCUCAAUAUAAGCUUACCAGUUUUUUCAGUACAUGGUAACCACGAUGACCCCACUGGGGAGCAGCAAAUCUCCGCCCUAAACGUACUGGCAUCCACAGGAUUGGUUAAUUAUUUCGGCAAAUAUACCAACUACAGUUUUGUUGAAGUAGAACCGAUUUUAUUGAAGAAGGGCUGCACCAAAUUGGCCUUAUAUGGUUUAUCGCAUAUUAAAGAUGAAAGGUUGGCAAGGCUUUUUCUUGAUAAGAAUGUUACUUUUAUGGUGCCCCAAGGUGAUGACUGGUACCAGUUAUUAGUUCUGCACCAAAAUAGGGCUAACCGUGGAGCUAAAACUUUCAUUCCCGAUCACUCGUUGCCAAGUGAUUUGGAUUUUGUCCUCUGGGGGCAUGAACAUGAUUGUAGGAUCACCCCCGAGCAAACUUCUAGUGGUUUUUAUGUUUGCCAACCAGGAAGCACGGUGGCCACGUCUUUGGCUGUCGGCGAAGCCAUCCCAAAGCAUGUGGGUUUGCUGCAGAUUCAUAAAAAACAAUUUAAUUUAACCCCUAUACCGUUGAAAACCGUUAGGCCGUUUAUUUUUAGAGAGGUGGUAAUCACCGAUUUGGACGAGUUGCAGGAUGAUCAAGCUAUGACGCGGGCCGCUUUAGCUGAGAAAUUCGUCGAUAUUCAGGUGGAAAAUAUGAUUGAGGAGGCAAAGGAAUUAGGUCAGAAGGGCGAUAUGUUGCCCCUAAUAAGGCUGAUUGUGGUUUACACCGAUGAAGAUCAAGUGUUUAACGCCAUAAGGUAUGGCCAAAAGUAUGUGGACAGAGUGGCAAACCCUAAGGAAAUGAUAAAAUUAAGAUCUGGCAUGAGAAAUGUUAAAAAGACGGACAAUGGGAACGUCAACGACGAUUUUAUGCCCAACGUGAACUUAGCGAAUCGGGUCGAGGAUCUGGUGCUGUUGGACUUUGAAAACUCCGGCAAAAAAUUAAACUGUUUAUCCCUCAAGGUGUUUAAUGAUGCCGUGAUUAAGAGUAUAGAUGCCGACGAUAUGGAGGCACCAGAGGAAGUGCUCAAGUUUUUAGUUAAGAAUGCCAAAGAUAAACUGGACGCGGAACUGGUCGAAGUUGAAAACGUCGAUGAUUUCGUCGAGAGUGUUAGGGAUGAGGUGGACAAUGAUGCAUCCACUCUUGACCGUAUAUUAGGAACCAGACCGUGGGGUAACAAGAAGCGAAAUGUGACAAUUAUCGAUUCGGACGAUGAUGAAGAUCUGUCGCCGAAUAAAAACUCCUCGGGAGGUGCGACUCCUACCCGAGGCCGAGGAUCUAGAGGAGGUAGAGGCUCCAGAGGUGGAAGAGGCUCAAGAGGCGGUAAAGUUAAAGCAUAAUCUUAUUUUAUUUAAGGCUGUUAUUGUUUAUGUUUAAGUUUUUUUAUAAUUAAAUAAAAACGCUUACUUUUAUACUUAAAAAAA